CUUAAGUUGGUUUGCCAAGCCAACCGCCAGCCAAAUUUGAGACGAAGAAGAAGAAAAUUUAGCCGGGUUUUAUGGUUUCCAUCAGUAGCAAAUAGCUUUACAUCGUCAUAAUGGAUUGUGUCGGUUAAAUAUUUAAAGAUUUUGUGAGGGGGACGCCACUAGGCUUCCAAAAAGGUGAUUUCAGGGACAGUGUAGCCAUGGCAGCUGUACAGUCUGUUCUAAUGUUUGCGGCGUGCGUCCUCGUGAUAACGGAGCUGAUUCUCGCUAAGAAGGACUACUACGAUAUACUGGGAGUGCCCAAAGGUGCAACAGAACGCCAGAUAAAGAAGGCUUUCCACAGGCUUGCAAUUAAAUUUCACCCCGACAAGAACAAAAGUCCAGAUGCUGAAAUAAGAUUCAGAGAAAUUGCUGAAGCUUAUGAGGUUUUGUCCGAUGAGAGCAGAAGAAGAGAGUAUGAUCAGUUCGGCAACAAUAUGUACUUCACUGGGGAGAUGCAAAAUGGCAAGCAGAGACCAGGCACCCACCAACCUUUCACCUUCAAAUUUGAUGACAUGUUUAAGGACUUCAACAUCUACAGCCAAAACAGACAUUCUCGUCACAAAAGACACUUUGAAGAACACUCCAGGUCCCACAAGGAGUCCCACAGCAGACACAGGAGACACUUUCAGGGUGGCUUUGGGGCAGGGAUUCUCGAUGACAUGUUUGACGACAUCGAUAGAAUGUUUACUUUUGAGAGACAAACGAAACAGACCGAGAGCAGGUUUCAGGGUACAACGAAGCAACACUGCAGAACGGUAACGCAGCGCAGAGGAAACAUGGUGACCACUUACACGGAUUGCACUGCAUCAUAAAAUUAUUUUAGGACUUAAAUUGCUUUAACAAGAUUGUUAAAGCAGUGUUGUCAGGGUCAUUUAGCAGUAUGUAGGCUGCAAGCAGACCUUCACUUUAGAGAUAGUGUUGCUCUAAUUUCAAAAAGGCUAUUGUGAAUGAAUGUAGUAAAUGUUGCUUACUGUGUAUGUAAGCUGAAAGUAUUUUGUUUUUUCUCUCGAAGCACCUUUCAGUUUUGUACUUUUAAAAUGUUCUUUAGGAUCUGCUUUGUCUUCUGUUACAACUGAAGGCAGAAACAUUAGCAAUUUGAGUUAUUUUAGGGCUUCUAAGUUGAAAGCAGGAAUCACAAUAACUUGACAUCCUUUGCAUGUUGGUUGUUCAAACCUUUGUUUCAGUCGAUGUUCUACACCCUCCUAAAACACUCCUACACUGUAUGGUGCCAGUAAUGUCCUUUUUACAUGUUUUUAUUGCAAUGUUCGUGGUCAACCCAUUGCCAGCGCACUUAGUGCAAAGUAAUUUAAAUAUCAGUGAAACAGAGAAUUCUAGUAUCAUAGAUGUGUUUGUGUGUCAGAUUUUACAUCAUGGAGGCAGUCAAACUGUAAGAUAACCACAAUGCACUCUAAAGAUAAUGCUUGAUUAGCAGGACUUCCUGGCUCGGUUCUUGAAAACACAUCUUCCAAAAGAUUGUUUUGUAUUCUUUAACUUUAUUCUGCCCCCUGUGUUGGUUAUUUUUGUUUUCGUAUAUUGGUUUGUUACUGUAAAAUAUUUAAAGGCACUUUAAAUGUAAAGAAAUUGUAAGAAAAAAAGUUGUACCUAUUUGUUAAUAGUGACAAAGUGUAGAUUGCAGUUUAAUUGAGUUAUUAAUAAAUGACCAAUUACAUUUAAAAACAA